GACGUCAAUUUAAAGCGACAGAUGGAGGGUGGUUUGAAAGUAAGACAGCUAACCGGUACAACUAUUUGAAAGAUAUAGUGAAUUUAUUUCGAGGCUUUAGUAGCUUUGUUAUUUUAAGUUAAAAUAUGUUCGCUGGAAGGUUUCCAGGAUGAACGCAGAUACAUCUUUACUCUUUUUUUCUGCGCCUUUUCUAAAGCUAACGUGCCGCGCUCUGGAAGCUAGCUCACUCUUUUAGCAUCUUUAGGUUAUUGAGUCCGUUAAGCUGCUGGAGGAUGGCGAGUGUGCAUGAAAGUUUGUAUUUUAACCCCAUGAUGACUAACGGCGUGGUCCACGCUAACGUGUUCGGCAUCAAAGACUGGGUGAGCCCGUAUAAAAUCUCCGUGCUGGCGCUGCUGUAUGAGAUGUCCUCCUCUAAGAUCACCCUGCCUGAGAGGAGGCGGCUGAAUAAGCUCAUCCUGCCCCUGCAGCAGGGUCCGGAUCUGACCCUGGGUCAGUUCCUGAAGAUAGUGGAGGAGUGUUGUCCUCGGACCGCAUAUGCAGUGAAUCUAAGGUUGCAUGAAAUGGCAGACGGCGAACUGAAAGACAUGGAGUACUUUUUCUCCACUCUGCCCACUCCAUUCACCCCUUUUGAUUCAGAGGCUUAUAAAACCAGCGUUGUGGGUCUUUUUAUGAGACACAUGCUGCUGGCCUACAACAAGCUGUCCUUCAGUCAGGUUUACAAGCUGUACAAGUCCCUGCAGCACUAUUACCACAGCCACUAUGCCAAGCCCAGGGACGGGCAGGUGGGGCUGCCCACGCUGGCGGCAGAUGACUCGGAAAUGGACCUGACCAGCGUUGAGGAGACUGUGGGGGACAGAGAGGAGCUGGACACCCCACUGCAUGAGUCCGAACUCCGAUCUGAUAAAGCUGCAAACCGAGGUCCUCUUUCUCAGAAACAGGCUGAAUACUUCCUGGCUAAACAGGCGUAUCUUCUGAAGAACGAUGAGAACAAAGCCCUGAAGCCUGCUGUGCUGCAGGAGGAGCUCAACAACAUGCUGAAGUUUAACCCCGACUUCGCUGAAGCGCAUUACCUGAACUACCUGAACAGCAUGAGAGUCCAGGACAUCUUCCUCUCUGCUCACAGCCUCCUGCAUUACUUCGACCGCCUCAUCCUGUCCAGCAGCGAGGCCAAGAGCAACGGAGACGAAGGAUAUGGUCGAAGUCUUCGCUACGCCGCUCUGAAUCUGGCCAGCCUGCACUGUCGCUUCGGCCACUAUCAACAAGCAGAUCUGGCUCUACAGGAAGCUAUCCGCAUCGCCCAGGAGUCCAAUGACCAUGUGUGCUUGCAGCACUGCCUGAGCUGGCUUUACACGCUGGAACAAAUGAAAGGCUCUGAAAGCACAGUGCUAACUCAGGAUUCAGUGAAAAUGGCCGCUCAUUUCUGCCUGCCGUACUUGGGAUCUCUGGACAUUCAGUCGCUGGUCCAGCAGGGGGCGAUGCAGGGCAAGGCUGCACACAAGCUGAUGGACGCUCUGAAGGACACGGAGAUCCUGCACUGGAAGCACAGCCUGUCGGAGCUGAUCGAGAUCAGCCUGGCUCAGACCACCUCCAUAUGGAGGAUGUACGGAAAGAGCACCAUGGCUCUGCAGCAGGCCCAGCUUCUCCUCAACAUGAGCAGCCUGGAGCCGGUCAACUUCGGGGUCCAUCAGAAUAACACGGAGGCGUUUGCUGUAGCUCUGUGCCAUCUGGCCGAGCUGCAUGCUGAGCAGGGGCUUUACAAAGCUGCUGCAGAGGUUUUCCAGCAUCUGAGGGAACAGUUUCCUCCUCACACACAGCAUUCAAAGCUGUGGAUGCUCUGCGAACUGAAAAUUGAGUUUGAGAGACACAUGAACAACAGGAAGUACCAUUUAGCCGAGCCGCUGGUGAAGGCAAUGUCUGCUCUAAACCAGACGGAGGGGCUGUACCGGAAAGCACAAGUCCUGAAAGCCCUGAACCGCAGCACAGAGGCAUACAGCAUCCUGCAGCAGCUGCAGGUUCAGUGUGAGAAAACCAAAUCCACAGAGAUCAUCAUCAGGGUGAUGCUGUCCACCGCCGAGCUUCACUGGGAGUCAUCCAGCUUCUCCACGGCUCUUCCUCUCCUCCUGCAGGCUUUGGCUCUGGCCAGGAAGCACCACCUGCAGUCGCUGGCCUCUGAAACCGUCCUUCAUCUGGCCUUCACUCAGCUUAUGCUGGGCAUCCCUGAGCAGGCUCUGGCUGUUCUCCAUGAAGCCAUGGAGCCCAUCCUGGCCCACGGGGCCGUCAUGGACCGAGGCCGCGCCAUGCUGCUGGCGGCUCGCUGUCACAUGGCCGUCGCCCGGCUGAAGGAUCUGCAUUCAGCGGCGCUGGCGGCUGACUGUCUCAGCGAGGCGGAGUCGUAUUUCUCCAAGCUGAGCUGUAAGGAGCGUCUCCGGGACGUCCACUACCUCCAGGCGCAGCUCUACCGCACGCUGGGACAGACGCCGCAGAGCAACAGGAGCGCCAUGAUGUUCAGGCUGCUGGACCAGGAGCUGCAGUCUCCAGCGCCGCUCGUCUUCAUGCAGCUGUGACCGACGUUCCCACGGCGUCAUCAGACUGGCUGCUCCUGUUCACAACACCUUAAAUCCUCAGAACAGGAGCCUACUGAACAGAAUGCAUCAUUUCCACCAACCAGGGGUCAUAAAUAAAGAGACGUUAGAGUCAGAACGUUCCAUCCUGAUUUGUGGUUCAGUAUCAGUUUGGGUUGAACAUGGCGGCAUCAUUAAGCUCUAAGCAGGAGGACAAAGUGUUGAAGGAUCAUCAGGCAGAGUCAGAUUCAGGCCAGGGUUAUGAUGAACGAUGCUAGUGUCACAUCAGUGGUUUUCAGGAGCCUGGACCUUUUGUCUCUGUUAUACUGAUGAAUAGAGGCUAAAGAGGGAAGCCAUGAUGUAAUGAUGCAGCUCAUUUAUAAGGCGACAUUUUAACCCCGUCAGCCUUCGGAUCUCCUCGGCUCAAAGCCUCGUUUGCUUUGAAAAACCCAGAGAGAUCUGAGGCAGAGCUUCCUUUCACAGUGGAAAUAUCACAGAAAGAUUCUUCCUGCUAACGUCUCCAUGAUUUCUAAUAAAACCAAAAACUGUACAUUUAUUUCACAACAUUUCCCAUCAGUGAAAAUGCUAAAAAAUCUAUCCAUAACAUGAGAUAAACAAGACAAGAUUAAAACUGGUUUUGGGCUCAAAUUUCCUCUAAAUGUAGAGCCAAGUUGGUAGCCUCAUGAGACCAUCCUGAUCUCACGAUCUUUCAAGGUUUCACUCGCUAAUCAGUCUGGA